AUGGUUUAUAAAAUUAGAAAUAAAUCAUUCUUUUGGACUAGAGCAGGAUGGAAGAAUAAUUGGCAUCCUAAAAACUUUAAUGCUCCUCGUCCUUCCAGUUCAGAGUUUACAAUUGGUAUUAGAUGCAGAUAUGAUCAUAACUCAUUUUUAAGAGGUUUUGCAAUUUUGUUAAAUUAAAAUAGCUUAUCACUCAUAUAGGAAGAUUUCAAGACAUUGCAAACAAUAUUUCUUUGGCAACAGAGAAUUAGAAGAAUUAUUUCAAAUGGGUUUGAGGACUUUCUUCAUCGUUCCACAUAUUGCUGAAUGUCAAGUCACAUAAAUUAAACAUGGUGGUGAAAGAAGAAUGGUUGAUUAGAUAGAUAGAGACUUUGAGUUAGUGUCUUACAACUCGCACCCUUAUUAAUUAUUCACCUACUCUGUUUGGAAUCAAUAUUUAGCAAAUCAAUAAGAAGCCUAUGAAUAAAGAAAGAAUGGAGGUAAAGCAAUCGAAGAUUAAGUUAUUGAUCACAUUAGGUAAGUAUAGAUUUAUAGCCUAUAGCGAAUUAGUGAAAGAUGAGAAGAGCAAAUUGGGUCCUGGAAAAUAAUUAAGUAUAGAGAGGACUGCUGAAAUCGUGAUGAACGUCAUGAGAUAAUUAAGAGCUGCAUAGCAAAGACCAAAUUUAAAUAAUAGGUAAAUGGUUGAAUUCAAAUAAUUAUAGACGAGCAGAUGGAGAAUUUGAUGAUUUCUUAGAAUAAAGAAGACCUUUCACGGCCCCCAACAAUCAAUCAGCAACUCAUUGAGUAAUAAUAUGUAUAGCAA